AUGGGUAUCUUCAUAGUUGGUAAGUGUCUUCAUGCAUUGCUAGAUUUGUCUCUUGGAUUAUCAAUGCACAACCUAAAGAUGUUUCCAGUUUUGCUUCUUGUUAUUCUUCUGGCACAGACUUCUAUAACACAGAAUCCUGCCUCUGAGUCUGCAGAUAUUGUUCUUUUGGUGGAUAGCUCUGAUGCCCUUGGCAGAAGGUCUUUUCCCUCUGUGAAAUCUUUCAUUAACAAAAUAAUUAGCCAAUUUCCAAUAGGCCCAAACAAAUACCGUGUUGCACUUGUGCAGUACAGUGAUGAUGUGCACAUUGAAUUCCAGCUGGAUAGCUUUAAAGCAAAGAACCCCAUGUUGAACCACAUCAAAAAGAACUUGGCUUUCAGGGGUGGAUCGUUAAGAACUGGGAAUGCCAUACAGAAGGUCCAUGAAACUUUCUUCAAAUCCCCAAGCAAAGACAGAAGCCAGAUUUUAGUGGUCUCAACUUCAGGAUUGUCAGUUGAUGAUGUGAGAAGACCUGCAAAGUUAUUACAGGAUGAAGGGAUAAAAGUGAUAGCUUUGGGAACAAAGGCUGCAACCCAUGAAGAACUGCAGGCAAUGGCCACACAGCCAUUCCACUAUUAUUUCGCUACACCAAAGGAGCUCCUAGGAUUUUCUUCAGAUUUGUCUGGUGUCAUCGGAACCAUGAUGCAAGUGGAUAGUACCUCAGAUAUCCCAACAACUGUUCCACCAAGUAUAACACCAUUUCAAGAGCCUGUAUACUGUCGUGAUGAUUUAGUGGCAGAUGUCGUAUUUGUGGUGGAUGAGAGUGUUUCAGACACAAACGCUAACUAUAUUAUAGAAUUCUUACAAAACACAAUAAAACAACUUCAUGUGGAGGAACAAUGCACAAACAUUGGCCUAGUAACAUACAGCACUAAGCCAGAACAAAAAACUUUGCUGAGCACUAACACAAUGGAAAGUGAUGUUCUGAAAGUUAUUCAACACAUUUCUCCGAAAGAAGGAAAGGCUCACCUUGGUGCUGCCCUGAAUUUUACCAGGAAAAAACUUUUCACUGAGGCUUACGGAAGCAGAAAGACUCAAGGGGUGGAACAAUUUGUCACAAUCAUCACUCACAGAGCCUCUGAUGACAACAUGAAUAUUGCAGCUGAGCUCCUUCAGCAGAGUGGUGUGAAUGUAUUUGCCAUAGGCAUUGAAGGAGCCAAUAUCACCCAGUUAACUCAGGCGGUAUCAUAUCCACCAGAGCGGAAUGUUAUAUCAAAGAUCAAUUUUUCUGAGCUUCCAAAAGUGAGUGAGACUUUGAAGAAGAAACUUGUCAACCAAAUACAGGACAUGCUCUAUGUCCAAGCUAAAAGAGAAGUAGAGCUUGAAGCAGGAUGUAUGGACACAGAAAAGGCUGAUAUAUAUUUUCUCAUUGACGGUUCUUCAAGCAUCAGUCGAACUAAUUUCAAUGACAUGAAGAUUUUUAUGCAGAAAGUGGUUCAGACAUUUAUUAUAGGGCCUGACUAUGUUCGAUUUGGAGUUGUGCAGUAUUCAAACAAUUAUGGAACUGAAUUUGAACUUGAUGAGCACACUAAAAGAAGCAGUUUAGAAAAAGCCAUUAAUAACAUCAAGCAACUGGGAGGAGAUACGUAUACUGGAGCAGCUAUAAAUUCCAUGCAGCCCUUGUUUGAAAAAGCAAGAAAGCAGCGCGGCAGCAGUGUGCCCUGCUAUCUCAUCGUGCUGACAGAUGGGGAGGCACAUGACAAUGUGCUGGUACCUGCCAAAAAGCUUAGAAGUGAAAUGGUGAACAUCUAUGCUAUUGGUGUGAAAGGUGCUAAUAAAACACAGCUCAAUGAGAUUGCUGGUUCAGAAUCAAGGGUUUAUUUUGUUCAAUCAUUUUCCGCCUUGGAAGAUAUCAAAGAGAAGCUUGUUCAGGACAUAUGCCAUGAAAAAGUUUGUGAGGGAGUGAAAGCUGACAUCAUGUUCCUAGUGGACAGUUCUCAUAGCAUAGGACCUGAGAACUUCGAGAAAAUGAAGCACUUCAUGAAGGAGCUGGUGAAAAAAUCUGACAUUGGUCCAGACCGUGUGCAGAUUGGUGUUGUCCAGUUCAGUGACAUACCUAAAGAAGAAUUCCCACUCCACCAGCAUUCCACGAAAACUGAUAUCAUUAAUGCUAUUGGAAGAAUGGCGCUUAUGGACAAAAACACACUCACUGGAGCCGCACUGAAAGUAAUUUCCAAUUAUUUUGAACCUACCAAAGGAGCACGGCCUUCAGUCAACAAAAUUCUUAUCCUGAUCACAGAUGGGGAAGCGCAAGAUGAAGUAGCAACUCCAGCUACAGCACUGAGAGAGAAAGGCAUCAUAAUCUAUGCAGUUGGGGUUUUCAAUGCCCAUAAACCACAACUGGAAGAAAUAAGUGGAAGACCUGAUAAGGUGUUUUAUGUGGAAAACUUUGAUAUUCUUAAGUGGUUAGAAAAGGACAUUAUUUUUGACAUAUGCACUAUCUAUAAGCCUGACGAGUGCAAAAGGAUAGAACGUCUAGAUGUUGUAUUUGUAAUUGAUAGUUCUGGAAGUAUAGGUCCAGACAACUAUGAAAUCAUGAAGAAUUUCAUGAUCAGCUUUGUGAAUAAAUCUGAUGUUGGCCCAGACAACGUUCAGUUUGGAGCUCUGAAGUAUUCAGAUGAUCCAAGUAUCCUGUUCCACCUUGAUACCCACAGUACCAAAGCAGCAGUCAUUGAGGCUAUCCAGCGUGACAUCCCUUUAAAUGGCAAUACAUACACUGCCAAGGCUCUGCAGCAUUCAGCAGCUCUGUUCACUGAGGCACGUGGCAGCCGCAAAUGGAAGGGUGUCCCCCAAGUUCUUAUGGUCAUAACUGAUGGUGAAUCCCACGAUUCGUCUGCCCUUGAUGGAAUUUCAAAGAGUCUCAGGGACAGUGGAAUUACUAUCUAUGCCAUUGGGAUAAAAGGAGCAAAUCCUGCUGAACUUCAGACCAUGGCCGGUUCAGAGGUGUACGUAUGUUAUGUGGAUGAAUUUGAUGGACUAAAAAACAUAUCCAAGACACUAUCACAACAACUUUGCAAUAUUUCAAAGCCAGAAUGUGACAUCCAAGCAGAGGUUGUUUUCUUAAUUGAUGGCUCCAAAAGUGUACCCCGUGAAGAUUUUGAGAGAAUGAAAAAUUUCUUGAAGGAACUGAUUAAAAAGAUUGAGUAUAAGAGUGAACUACAAUUUGGCAUGGCUCAGUUCAGUGAAAGCUACAAAGAAGAAUUCAGUCUGGGUGAUUAUCUGAGUAAAGAAAAUCUGAUGGAAAAAAUCAAUAAUGUUUCAAUGCUCUUUGGCAAAAAAACCUAUAUCGGAGUUGCUCUUACUGGAGUACAGGAAUUGUACAAGUCACGAAGGCGCAGGUCAGCUACAAGUGCUAUGGAGCAAAAAUUGCUGUUAAUCACUGAUGGAAAGUCAGAUGAUGGAGUUGCUAAACCAGCAGAAGUCUUAAGGAAACAAGGCGUGGGAAUAUACGCAAUAGGAGUGGGUGAGGUUAAUGAAAUGCAACUUCAACAGAUAACUGGCUUCCCAGAUAGGAAAUAUACAAUAGAUAUGUUCAGUGACCUGCCAAAUGUGACUACACAACUGAUUAGAGACUGGUGUAAAAAGAGACCUGGAGCGAGAUGCUUUGUGGAUAUUGUUCUGGCAUUUGAUAUCUCAUCUCAGAAGUCAGGAGAAUAUUUAUUCGAAAGGCAACACCAUUUGGACCACUCCCUUCUAGACAUUUUAAAGUACCUUACAGACUUUAAACACUUAAGCUGUGACAAAGAAACAAAAACACAGUUCAGCGUGGCUAUUGCAAUAGAAAAUUCUAACCAACCUAUUUCACCAAAACUCCAAGUUCACCCUGAAAAAAUCCUAAAUGAACUCAGAAAGGUUGUGGUCAACAAUCCAUCUCAUCUCAAUGUUGAAUUCUUGGACAAAAUUUGGAAUAAAGUUCAAGACAAGUUCCAAGAUUCAAAUCGAAAUAAGGUGUUACUUCUUUUCUCUGAUGGCCCGGAUGAUGAAAUAGAAGCACUGAAGCAAAAAUCUGAAGAACUUAGACAAAAAGGACUUGCUGGUUUGAUAACUGUUGCCUUGGAAGGAGCCACCAACUUCAAUAACCUCAUGCCCAUUGAAUUUGGAAAAGGAUUUGGGUAUAAUUAUCAAUUAACUAUUGGCAUGCAAAACGUAGCCGACAGAAUAUUUGAGUUUAUGGCUGGAAUUGCUGAGAGAGAAUGUUGUUGUGAGCUUUGUAUCUGUUGGGGGACAGAAGGACCUAUCGGGUUUCCAGGCCCAAAAGGACUUCCAGGAAUUCCUGGUAUUCCAGGCAAUCAAGGACAUCAAGGGGAAGAUGAAGAGCCAGGUGAAAGGGGAAUUAUUGGACCAAAGGGAAAACAAGGUGUUACAGGAUGCCAAGGCGAGCAAGGAAUGAAGGGGCUACGAGGACUGACUGGAGAAAAGGGAGAGGAUGGGAUCGAUGGAAUUAAUGGAAUUAAUGGAGAAGAGGGAUCCCAAGGAUUACCAGGAGAAAAAGGAGAAAAGGGGGACUCAGGCCAGAUGGGCAGCUCGGGACCAACGGGACCUCCUGGUGAUAUUGGUGCAAAAGGCAUCCACGGAAAUGCUGGUGAACCUGGAAUGGAUGGUACCAUAAAAGGAACUCCUGGUCCCAAGGGCAUGCCAGGGAAGAAGGGAGAAAGAGGACCUUCAGGUAUACCAGGAUUUGAGGGAUCAAAAGGAAACACGGGAGCCAGGGGACUAAGAGGACCUCCAGGCCUACAGGGGCUGAAAGGAACUCCUGGUCCAGUUGGUAGGAAAGGAGAAGAAGGAUUUAGAGGUUUACAGGGGUCAAAAGGAGCAAAUGGUGACAAGGGAGAAAAAGGAAAUGCAGGAAGUCAAGGUCUUCAGGGAAACUUUGGAGUGAAAGGCUCUGGUGGGAACCUGGGAAAACCUGGGACUACAGGGCGUAAAGGAGAACCUGGAGAUCCAGGAGUCAGUGGAACAACAGGCUUCCCUGGGCAUCGGGGUUUGAGGGGAGGAGAUGGAACUCCUAAAUACGGCAGACCAGGAAAGAAAGGUUUGAAGGGACAAGAAGGCUGCAUGGGAGACACUGGACUGCUGGGUGAUUCUGGAGACAUGGGAGAUCCUGGAGCACCUGGACGAAAAGGGUAUAGAGGAAGAAUGGGAUACCCAGGAGAGCAAGGCAGAAAUGGUGAUCCAGGAGUGCGGGGUGAUCCAGGACGUCCGGGUUUAAAAGGAAAAAAAGGCCAGCCUGAGUAUUUGCACUGUCAACUCAUUGAGUACAUACGUAAUAAGACUUGUUGUAAAAGCUUCCCUAAGUGCCCAUUAUAUCCGACUGAAUUAGUGUUUGCCUUGGAUGUAUCCCAAGAUACCACACUCCAGACAUUUGAACAAAUGAGAGAGAUCAUCAUAGCCAUUGUGAACAAUACCAGAAUCAGAGAGAGCAAUUGCCCAGUGGGAGCCAGAGUGGCUGUGGUGUCCUACAGCUCUGAUACGCACUAUCUGAUCCGCUUCUCAGAUUUCCAGAGCAAAAAACGGUUGAUCCAGGAGCUCAAUGCUCUUUCCUAUCAGAGAUCUCCAAGUGGGAGAGACCUUGGUGGGUCUAUGAGGUUUGUUGCCAGGAAUGUCUUCAAGAGAACUAUGCCAGGUGCUAAUGUGAGAAGGGUUGCUGUGUUUUUCAGCAAUGGCCAAUCUGACAAUCCAAGUUCUAUUGACACAGCAGUCCUGGAGUUCAGUGCCUUAGAUAUCCAUCCAGCGGUCGUCGCUUUUAGGAACACCCCUCAUGUCAACCGUGCUUUUGCGAUGGAUACCACAAGACUGUUUCAAGUUAUCAAUCUUCAACAGGAGAGAGAUUAUGGUCCAGCCUUGGAAAGACUGCUGUCAUGUGUACUUUGCUAUGACAAAUGCGACCCAGAUGAAUCUUGCUUCCGUCAUGAAACCUCCCCACCUCGGGCCUACAUGGAUGCCGCUUUCAUUUUAGAAAGCUCACAGAGAAUAAGCCCUGCUGAAUUUAAGCAGCUGAAAGAUUUCCUAGGUGCAGCGAUAGACAACUUUGACAUUUCUGCUAAACCAGACACCUCUUUGGAAGGUGACAGGGUGGCUGUGGUGAGCCACACUCCACUAAAUUUCAGACCUCAGACCCACAUGCAUCCAGCUAAAAUUGAAUUUGACUUUGUGGCUUUUAGAAGUAAAGGACGAAUGAAGAGGCACAUCCAGGAGUCUCUCCAGCCGCUGAAUGGAUCAGCCGCCAUUGGCCAUGCCAUACAGUGGACAAUCAGCAACGUAUUUUCAGUAGCACGCAACCAGAGGAAAUCGAAGGCUAUUUUUGUUAUAUCUGCUGGAAGAACGAGUCAGUGGGACAAGGGGGUGCUGAGCGACGCAUCCCUGAGAGCCAAGUGCCAGGGCUAUGCUUUCUUCGUGCUCUCCUUGGGGCGUGAGUAUGAUCACACAGAACUUGAGCAACUGGCGAGCUUCCCCCUGGAGCAGCACUUGUUACAGCUUGGCCGAAAUCACAAGGCCGAGCUUGGAUAUGCCGUGGAUUUUUUGAAACCGUUUGUACGUCUCCUCAAGGGUAAAAUCAACCGCUAUCCUCCAACAGAGCUGAAGAGAAAAUGUGCAGAAAGCCUCACAACAAAGCCUUUGUAUGCUACACAGAUAGACUUUCCUGGUUUUAGCACUGAUGAGACAUUAAGUGGAGAUUAUGCUCUAGAUGCUGAAUCUGGUUUCCUGGAAGCCUGGCCUAUCCAUUAAGAUUUCAUCAGCAGUGCUUGGGAAUCAGCAAUGUGCUCAACUUGACAAUCAUACUGAAGAACAAAAACACUGUGGAAACUUUUCAAGUAGUACUGUACUACAUGGUUUGCUGCCACCCGUAGCUCUAAGAAAUGCAUUUCCCUAAGAAGUUCAUUAAUUCAUUGUUUUAAAAAAUGGAAAGGCAAACAAAUUUCCAUUUUUAAAAGAUGCAUUGUUUUAAAAAUAUGGAAGCACCUUUAUGGAAGAUGCCAAGACAGGUUAAAAUUAAGUAUGCUAUGAUGCAAUAGAGUUGUCCUUAGAAAAACUAGUCUUCAGGAUACAACCAGUGGGCUGGCUAAAUUGGAUCUCCUUUGUAUAUCAUAGGGUCAGCCCAGAGAUUGUGUUAUUUAAAAAAAAGCAUAAGCACAUGUAGUUCUUCCUUAUGGCAUCAACCCUGCUGAACAGUGGAUGCUUCUUAUGUGGACAGGUCUUUACAUGUGACCUCAUUUCAACCCAUGACACUUCUGUAUUUUCCAUAACAUCCCUGUAACAUUUAAACGGCACCACAGAAAUGUGGGAACUAAGUCAUGUGAAGGCUGGUGUACAGAUAACAGGAGAACGUCCUCUCCUAUUUGUUCUUUUCACACAGCAUGCUAUUUGUGUCCCCAGUCUGCCACACGGCUUUGGGUGGCAAGUGAUGUUUUCUGCCAAUUUGGUUGGGUGUUUUUGUACAGGGAUAAAUCAUCUAUACAGCAAGAUGCGAUGCUUGAAAAAACUGAAUCCUCACCUAUGUUGUCACAGUGGAGCAGAUAUACAACAGUAUUGCUUUUUAACUUCCUAUUACAGCUCUGACACAAAGGAGUGAUCCAAACUCUUUAUUUUUCAAUAUUAAUUAUACAGGAGUUUGACUAUACAUGAACAAAAGUGCAAUAAUGCUUGUUUUAUCACUUUCAGUCUGUAAAAAAAGUUUACAUAAAUAUUGCUGAUGAAGAAUA